AUGCUUCACUCUAACUCUAUAUAUCCGUCACCUUCACCACCAACAUUGUACACUGCAAACAAUAAUAAUAGCAAUAUACCGUCUUCAUCGCUGUCUUCUUCAAACACGAAUAAUAAAGAUAGCAACAACAAUAAUCCACAACUUUCUUGGGAGUUUCUGCGAAAACAAGCUCGACAAUUAGAAAAUGAGAUAGAACAGAAGCUUACCAGUUACUCAAAGAUAGCAACUAGUGUAGGGAGAAACAAUAGGAAUGUCGAUGGGGUGGGUGGUAGUGGUAGCAGUGGUAACGUUGCCGGUGGGAAUUCGAGUGAAGCCAUGGAAUUAGAAUUAGAUGAGUUGCUGAAAAAGCUCUCGAUGGUUGUUAAUUCUAUGGCAGAGGUCGUUGAUCGACCAACCACAAUACCCACAAGUCCAUCCAUUAUGCAUAUGCUUCAACGGCAUCGUGAUAUUCUAUAUGAUUACACAAAAGAAUUUAAAAAAACACGAGCAAAUAUUCAGGCGGCUAGGAAUCAUGCAGAUUUACUGAGUUCUGUUCGUGAAGAUAUAAGCUCGUUCAAAUCAGGAGUAUCAAGUGAAACUGAUUAUUUUCUGAGUGAGCGAGGUCGUAUUGAGAAUUCCCAUAGAAUGACUGAUAUGGUGUUAGAACAAGCAUUUGCAACGAGAGAAGAUUUCGGGCAACAGGGAGCCACACUAUUAAAUAUUAAUAAAAGGAUUACAAGUGUCACAAGUAUGUAUCAGCUAGUUAAUUAA